AUGAUCAACGACGACCAUCGGGCCACAGAAUCAUCCCCUUUGCUGCGCGACAUCGACACCGAAGCAGCAAUCAAUUCCAAGAAGUCAGGAUGGCGACAAGAAUUAGCAAUUAUCUCGCAAUACUCGGGCCCUCUCAUGAUAUCACUCCUGCUUCAACAUGCAUUAACCGGUUCUAGCAUCUUCAUGGUGGGCCAUCUGGGGAAACGAGAAAUCGGGGCCGUGAGCUUGGCCAACAUGACUGCCCAGAUCACUGGAUAUUUUGUCUUCCAAGGCCUAGCAACAUGUCUGGAUACUUUAUGUCCUCAAGCGUAUGGCUCAGGGAAUUUGACCUUGGUCGGGCUUCACGUUCAACGACUGACGCUUUUCAUGCUUGUCCUCACAAUCCCAAUUGGAGCUAUAUGGUGGAAUGCGGAUCAAAUCUUUCUCCUUAUUCUACCAUCUGAAGCCCAGGAGACGGCUCUUCUCGCAGGGCUAUAUCUGAAAAUUGCCAUCGCGGGCGCUCCCGGCUAUGCUUGCUUUGAGUCCGGAAAACGAUUUUUCCAGGCACAGGGACUAUUCAGUGCUAGCCUGGUAGUUCUGUUGAUAUGUUCUACAUUGAACAUUUUCAUGGGAUGGUUAUUUGUUUGGAGACUGCAAUGGGGCUUCAUCGGUGCGCCUAUCGCUGUCGCGGUCGCAAACAGUCUUCUGCCCAUCUUUCUGGCAUGCUACGUCAUCUUCAUCAAGGGCUCCGAAUGCUGGCACCCCAUUUCUGCCGAGAUGUGGCGCGGCUGGGGGCCAAUGUUGCAGCUUGCCAUCCCAAGUUGGCUAAUGAUCGAAGCGGAAGUCCUCGCAUGGGAAUUCAUGACCCUGAUGUCCUCCCACUUCGCAUUCCAAAUUUCAUUUUCCGUCGCUGUUGCUGGUGGCACGCACAUGGCCUAUCUGAUCGGAUCGGGCUUCCUCCAGCGUGCGGCAACAGCAGCCAAGGUUAUGGUUUUUGCUAGCUUUGGUGCUGGUGUAACAAAUAUGCUUGUGAUUAUUGCUCUCCGGGGAGUCAUUCCGGGAUUAUUUAGUGACAUCGGCGAGGUCUGGCACUACAUCUUCUUCUUGCUUCCAUUGGGUGCCGUCCUUCAAAUUCCCGACGCCAUGGCCACUUCCCUCAAUAGCUUGCUGCGGGCUGUGGGACGACCGGACCUGGGUAGCUAUGUUCAGCUCUCGAUCUACUACCUCGUGGGAUUGCCCCUGGGCAUUGCUUUUGCAUUUGGCUUGGGAUGGAGCGUUUUAGGGCUAUGGUGUGGAAUCCUUAUCGGUCAGUCGAUCAUUGUUUUGAUUGAGGGCUUUUAUUUCUGGAAAAUGGUGGACUGGGCGAAGGCAUCCCGAGAAGCGGUAGAGCGGAUGUGA